UUAAUAUACCUUGGUUCAAAUGGUUCCUUUCAUCUUAAAGGUUCAUUGAACUAGUUCGCCACGGAACCUCACGACUCUAAUAGUGUGUAAACAUAAUAAUCUUUUACUUCUCCAUCAUGUUACGAAACUCCAAACUCUUGCUACAAAAUGUGAAGGCUUUAAUUAACCAAAGAAGCUCGGCAGGUCUAAAAUAUUUUGCACCACCGGUCAAAUAUACGGACUUUAAACAGGUUGAAAGACCGAAGUUACGUAUUAUGGAAAGAGUGCCGCAAUACCCUCCCAAUUUGAGGCCUCCCAAAAUGCAAAAGAAAUUACGUUUCAUGCGUGGGCCCGAAGUGCUACAUAACAACCUUUUGCAUAAGCAAUAUGGAAUAAUUGCUAGCGGCGGUGGGCGAUUACGUUGGGGGCAUUUUGAAAUGAUGCGCCUUACCAUUGGUCGCAAAAUGGAUACAAACAGAAUGUUUGCAAUUUGGAGAGUUCCAGCUCCGUGGCAACCGGUGACUAAAAAAGGGCAAGGACAGCGCAUGGGAGGAGGAAAAGGAGCUAUCGACCAUUACGUUACGCCAGUAAAAUCUGGUAGAGUUAUUUUGGAAAUAUCUGGAAAAUGUGAAUUCGCAGAAGUUAAGCCUUUCUUGGAUCUAGUUGCAAACAUAUUACCGUUCAAGGCCGAAGUUGUAUCCCAAGAAAUUCUUGAUCAACGAGCACACACGAAUGAACUUUUGCAGAAAGAGAAUCAAAAUCCAUUCUCAAUGAAAUAUGUUAUGCAAAAUAAUUUAAGCGGUUGCCAUCGAUGGCUCUCUCCAGUAGAUCAUAAGUGGUUCGGAAAAUAUGUAUAAUAAAUAACAAAUUUGUUUGA